GCCCGCUGGUCACAGCGUCACCUAAAGGACCUGCAAACCCCAAGACCAGCUAACGGACGACGAACCCGGGACGCGCCCACUGACGUGCCCUCCAGUGUGUGGGCAGGCAGAGAUAUUUGUGCGCUCUUAACCUUUAUUUGGAAAUAAACUGCACUCAUCUGAGUCUGCAAGAUUGAAGGAAGUUGGGGUGAUUAGAAGUUGUAAAGUGAAAUAAACGAGAAGACCUGUGUCCUAUCUUUUGUUCUUCUGAGAGGUUUCUUGAAGUCAAAAUGUCUCAAAAAAUCCGUGGCGGUUCUGUGGUAGAGAUGCAAGGAGAUGAAAUGACACGAAUCAUUUGGGAGUUGAUUAAAGAAAAACUCAUUUUUCCCUACGUGGAACUGGACCUACACAGCUAUGAUUUAGGCAUAGAGAAUCGCGACGCCACCGGCGACCAGGUCACCAAGGAUGCUGCAGAAGCUAUAAAGAAGUACAACGUUGGUGUCAAAUGUGCUACCAUCACCCCCGAUGAGAAGAGGGUUGAGGAGUUCAAGUUGAAGCAAAUGUGGAAGUCACCAAAUGGCACCAUCCGAAAUAUUCUGGGCGGCACUGUCUUCAGGGAAGCUAUCAUCUGCAAAAAUAUCCCCCGUCUUGUGAGCGGUUGGGUAAAACCUAUCAUCAUAGGUCGUCAUGCUUAUGGGGAUCAAUAUAGAGCCACUGAUUUUGUCGUUCCUGGGCCUGGAAAAGUAGAGAUAACCUACACGUCAAGUGAUGGAUCCAAAAAAAUGACAUACCUGGUACAUAACUUUGAAGAAGGUGGUGGUGUUGCCAUGGGGAUGUACAAUCAAGAUAAGUCGAUUGAAGAUUUUGCACACAGUUCUUUCCAGAUGGCUCUGUCUAAGAGUUGGCCUUUGUAUCUGAGCACCAAAAACACUAUUCUGAAGAAAUAUGAUGGACGUUUUAAAGACAUCUUUCAGGAAAUAUAUGACAAGCAGUACAAAUCCCAAUUCGAAGCCCAAAAUAUUUGGUAUGAGCAUAGGCUCAUUGAUGACAUGGUGGCCCAAGCUAUGAAAUCCGAGGGGGGCUUCAUCUGGGCCUGUAAGAACUAUGACGGCGAUGUGCAGUCGGACUCCGUGGCCCAAGGUUAUGGCUCUCUUGGCAUGAUGACCAGCGUGCUGGUUUGUCCAGACGGCAAGACGGUGGAAGCAGAGGCUGCCCAUGGGACUGUAACACGUCACUACCGCAUGUAUCAGAAAGGACAAGAGACGUCCACCAAUCCCAUUGCUUCCAUUUUUGCCUGGACCAGAGGAUUAGCCCACAGAGCUAAGCUUGAUAACAAUAAAGAGCUCAGCUUCUUUGCAAAGGCUUUGGAAGAAGUCUGUAUUGAGACCAUUGAGGCUGGCUUCAUGACCAAGGACUUGGCUGCUUGUAUUAAAGGUUUGCCCAACGUGCAGCGUUCUGACUACUUGAAUACGUUUGAGUUCAUGGACAAACUCGGAGAAAACUUGAAUAUAAAACUAGCUCAGGCCAAACUUUAAGGCCGUCCCUCACCUAAGGAGGAUAUUUGGUUUUUUUGGUAACUAGGUCCACUGGUUUACAUUUUCCUGUAUAACACUCAAGGGUAAAGGUAAAAUCAAUUUUGUAAUUUGUUUAGAAGCCAGAGUGUAUCUUUUCUAUAAGUUUACAGCCUUUUUCUUACACAUAUGGUUAGGCCACCCUCGUGAACGUGGCAGGGGACUUUUAAAAAUUUUAUUUUCUACUAGUAGCCUAGGAAUUACUUUAAUACUCAUUUGUACUCAUUGUCACUUUUUCUCAUGUUCCCAUACAAAUGACCAAAAUGAAGAGUGCUUGAAAGGGUAACCUCUAGUCAUAGUAUCGUUCCCUAAAACAUAUGUGAAGUAAAAAUUCACUCCCUUCCCCACUCUCCAUGGCCCGGGCGCUGGGUGGUUUUGGUGUAUCAGAUGUCCCAUUACGGGAGGUAGAGCUGUUAUGUUAAACUUGCCUGUAAUUUGGGACGAAGAGCAUAGGUGUGACUAAAACGUGUUGGAGAUGCCACAGUCACUUUUGUAAUGAGCUCUUCUUGAAUGUUUGGAAAAAGCUAAAUAUUUUUGAGGCCACCGGAGCAUUUGUAAUCCAAAAUAAAUACUACCUGGGGGUUGUCCCCUGUGUUUGUCUCAUCCUCCCAGCCUUGUGUGGCCUGAGUAUUCUGCCACCCUGAGCAGCGUAUUUCUUCCAAGUGCAAUAAUACAAGCUGUACCUUUUUUGGACUUCUGUUGGCCUGUUUUAUUUCCCUUCUAUAAAAUGUGAUUUUUCAGAAGUUGAUUAUUAAACACUAUUCUAGUCUGUUCUUCAUCUGAACUGUUAAUGUUAAUUAAAAUCAAGUGCUAACGACUA